AUGUUCAGAAUAAAUAAAUCGGUGGCUUUCACAUUUAUUGCACUGCUCAUUUGUCUUAUUUUACUAGUAAACAGUACACUGAGUAUGCGCACAAACAAUGAAAUAAUGGAAUUACCUGACAGUUAUUCACCAGAAUAUGAACGUUUAUGGUCAAGUCGAUCAAGAUUCUUAUAUCCCAGUGCAUAUUUACGACCAUACAGAGCACCGUUUUAUCAAGAUACUAUUGAGAAAAAAAAUCGUAAAAUUGAUCAAUCAUUUUAUUCUUAUUAUGGUUAA